GCAGGCCAGAGCGAAACAGCGAGGCAUUUCGACACUGACUGCUAUCCGAUGUCGGAUGAUAAUGCCACAGAUCCUAUGUUGUGAUGCAUAGUUGCGCUAUAUGAGGAAUCAGGACACGCAGGUAACACUGCAGUUGCAAGUUCCACAUAAGCAUAAAAGAGGGGUUCCUUCUCCUCUACUGCUAAGCACAUCGUCCAAACCAACAGAGUGCAACCUUGCGAUCCCAUAAUGCUUUCGCUAUGAAUCUCGAUACCAAGAUUCUCAUUGUCGGGGGAGGUGCGUUCGGCACGUCAACAGCAUACAAUCUCGCACAGCGAGGGUACCGAUCAGUCCGCGUACUCGAUCGGUAUGCAGCCCCAUCACUCGACGCGGCGUCGACAGAUAUCAGCAAAAUCAUCCGCAGCGACUACAAUGAGCCUCUCUAUGCGGCCAUGGGCCUAGAAUCUAUCGCUGCCUGGCGGACUUGGGACAUGUUCAAAGACCUGUACGCCGUCCCGGGUUGGAUUUUGAGCGCUGCCAACCUUUCCAUUCCAUUUGUCGAAGGCUCCAUCGAAACAAGCACUCGACUUGGAGUCCAGGGACUGGAGCGUGUGGCACCUGACCAGAUCCGUGCAAAGUUCCCGCAAAUCACUGGGGAGCUUGAUGGAUGGGAAGUCAAUGUGUGGAAUCCGACAGCGGGAUGGGCCAAGUCAGGGGAGGCGCUGCGUCGGAUGGCACUGGCGGCACAAGCAAAUGGUGUUCAAUAUAUCUCCGGAGACCGUGGGUAUGUGCGGAAACUGGUUUUUUCCACGGAGGGAUGCCGCGGGGUCGUCACCCAGGAUGGCACCACCUAUGAAGCCGAUGUGGUCAUCGUCGCCGCUGGAGCAUGGACUCCCAGUCUUGUUGAUGUCGGUGGUCAACUGACGGCCAAAGGGCAUGCCGUAGCGCAUAUUCAGCUCACUCCAGACGAGACGCGUCACUACCGCUCACUACCCAUCCUGGACAACCUGGAGUUGGGGUACUUCCUGCCAGUACAGGAGGACGGCAUAUUCAAGCUCGCGCACAGCCAGUUCAUUACCAACACAGAGACCGAUCCUGUCUCUGGAAUCACCACGUCAAUCCCCCAUACAUUUGUGGAAAAUCCACGAGAUGACUUACCUCCGGAGAUCGAGCGCACCAUGCGGCGGAAUCUGCGACGCGUUUUCCCUGAACUAGCCGAUCGGCCAUUCUGCUUCACGCGACUUUGCUGGGACGCCGAUACUGCCGAUCGCCAUUUUCUGGUGACGCCCCAUCCCGAUCUGCAGGGACUCUUCCUAGCGACAGGGGGGUCCGCCCACGGAUUUAAGUUUCUCCCGGUCCUCGGGCGGUACAUUGCCGACGCGUUGGAGGGAACAUUGGAUCAAGAAAUCCUCCAUCAGUGGCGUUGGAGGCCGGGUAUCACUGUGAGCGCAGAUAAUUUAGCUCACCUUGAUCCUGAGAUUGAAUUGAAUAGUCUGCGUGGUUGGCGUUGUCGAAGGGAGGAGGAUGGAGGGUUGUCGAAAUUAUGAACGUAGAUAGCAGUAUAUAUUUCAGGAAGGAACCUGCAAGCCAGCUAGUAAGAAG